CGGAACAUUGUUGUUGCAUCUCUCCACAUGUCUGUUGGUAGAACUUGAAGCGCCUGAACUUGCAAUUUCGGAUUUACCUCCCUUCUUAAAAUAUGACAUGUUUCCUUCCUCACCUGUCGGGUAUGGUGAGAACAAUAGGUAAAUAGCUCGAUUGGGGAGGGGAGGCGACGAAGAAAUAUUGCGAAGGAUGGCGACGACGAAGGUCUGGGCGGCGACGAAGAAAGAUUGUGAAGGAUGGGGACGAGGUCUGGGCGGCGACGAAGAAAGAUUGCGAUGGCGACGACGAAGGGCGACGAGGUCUAGGCGGCGACGAGGGUCUCCCGUGAUGGAAGGAAGCCGACCAACGGCGGCGGCGCUCGCGCUCGGUGGAGGUGGGGGACGGCCAAUGAUGGCGGCGCUCGCGCUGGGUGGAGGAGGGUAGACUGGCGCUCGCGAUGGGUGUGUGGAGACGGAAGCAAAUAGCAAUUGGGGGAAAAGAUAAGGAGCGGUCGGGUUUUUUUAUUUAUUAUUUAGUUAAUGACGUGGUGCUCCGAGUCAGCAAAUGUUGCUGACUCACUUAUGGGGAAAUUAGUUCACCGUCAUUUCUGACGGUAAAAACGUAACACGGGCGAAAUACGUCCGUAAAUUUGAAAAUUUGGCCAAAAGUGUAAUAUUCGAAAAUUGGGGCCAAAAUCGUCACUAACGCCAAAUUUUGGGCCAAAAUGGGUAUUAAGCCAAUUUGAUAUGACGAAAGCAUAUGACGGCAUUGAAUGAAACUUUAUAGAAAAG